AUGGAGUUUGUUUUGGGGAUUCAAAGGCAUUAUAACUCACUUAAGGCUUCAUGUUUGUACAUGAUCUGUGGUUUUGAGCCCCCUGCUGCUCGAGUUUUUGGUUUGCGGGUGCUUGACCUGAACGAGCAGGGUGCUAGUGAGGAAGAAGCAAUGGCUGUAGCUGAUAUGGAAUAUCGGGCAGAGAAAAAAACAAAGAAGGCGGCACAUAAACGAAUGAAGCAGAUUGCACGUCUUCAAGGGAGGAAACCUCCUCCUAACCCAUAUCCUAGUGCUGUCAAAGAGAUUCAAGCUGAGGAGAGGAAGUUUAUUCAUGACCUCAUAUCGUCUGUCUCUCUUGUUUUCUUGCUGCAAGGCAAGCAAGAUUGA